AUGCUGCCGCAAGAAGCGCCACAGCAGCCAUGGAGGCAGUCGUGGCUUGAGGCCGAUGCGCGGCUCCGGAGCAGCACCUCUGCAAUGGUGACACACACAGUGGUAUCGCGCAACGCGCGAGUGAACAAGCUGGACGCUGACCUUCUGGAUGACGAGCUCGCUGAUAUGCUGCGCGAGCCCGUGUCCAAGGCCAUGUCGCUGCUACGGCCAGGGCUCGUGGAGACUUACAGGCUAGAGGUGGAUACGGCAAUCCGGGCGCUACUCUUCUGGCUCUCUGUGGGGUCGCACCGGCGGGCAACCUACGGCCAAGCCCUGCAGAACCUGACAUACGCGGGUGCCAAAAAGCUGUCCUGGCGGAUCCACGCAUUCGGACUGGCGUCCAUUGGCGGCGGCUACGCGUGGGCGCGCGCAAUGCAACAUAUGUCUCGCUGUGGAUGGGCCAGUGCUCCAUGGCAGAGCUUGCGCAAUAGGAUUUGGCGGAUGGCUGGUUGGCUGGAGCGCGCUUCCAAGGUGGCGGCGCUGGCAAACCUGCUGGCGUUUUUUGCUGCCGGACAGUACAAGAGUGUCUUGGAGCGGGUGCUGGGCCUGCGGCUUGUUAGUGCGCGGCCGCAGAUGGCGCAAUCAGUGUCGUUUGAGUUUCUUAACCGGCAGCUUGUGUGGCAUGCAUUCACCGAGUUUGUCAUGUUUGCACUGCCCCUGCUGAAACCCGCCAGAGCGCGCGCCUGGGCGGUGCGCAACGUGCGCGCUGUUCUGCGGCUCCCGCCGGCUGCUAUUGACCCAGUGAUCGAGAAGCUGCCCGAGAGCGUCUGUGCCAUUUGCUUCUCGACGGCUACCGCCGAUUCCAGCGUGCCGGUGGAGCCGUCAUCGUGCCUUGUUUCAAACCCCUACAUUGCCGACUGCGGACACAGUUACUGCUACGUGUGCAUCAAGACGCGGCUGAUGGUUGAGGGCAGCGAGUGCUCGUGUCUGCGGUGCGGACAUAAAGUCGAAAGCAUUUGCCAGCAUGCUGAGAUACGAAACGCGAGUGAUGAUAUUUGA